AUGCGCAAACACGGUUGUCGGAAGGUGGCGAGCCUGAGGCGAACAAUGGCGGAGCUGGGUGAAGCGGAUGAAGCGGAGUUGCAGCGCCUGGUAGCCGCCGAGCAGCAGAAGGCGCAGUUUACUGCACAGGUGCAUCACUUCAUGGAGUUAUGUUGGGAUAAAUGUGUGGAGAAGCCAGGGAAUCGCCUAGACUCUCGCACUGAAAAUUGUCUCUCCAGCUGUGUAGACCGCUUCAUUGACACCACUCUUGCCAUCACCAGUCGGUUUGCCCAGAUUGUACAGAAAGGAGGGCAGUAGGCCAUCCCCCAGGAGAAUGACAGAAGCAAAGGACUUGUUAUUAAGCAGACUUAAGGGCCAGUGGGGGAAGGCUGUCAACCCACUGUCAGAUCAGCAUCAGGCUGUUAUCAAGUCUGUUGGUGCUAAAAAGUAAAAGAUGAAAUGUUCAAA